AUUUAGUGGCCGGAAAUUGCAAACGGGAGUGUGUCCGCAGGGAGGAAUGGCUGGGCUGCUGAAAAAGACGACCGGCCUGGUCGGCCUGGCAGUGUCCCACAAUCCACAUGAGCGUCUGAGGAUCCUCUACUCAAAGAUCCUGGCAACAGUGCAGACUAUGCCACAGGACGCCGCCUACAGGAAGUACACAGAGCAGCUGGUCAACGAGCGCUUCAACCAUGUCAAAAUGGAGCCUGAUGUUGAAAAGCUGGAGAAGAAAAUAAACAGUGGACAAAUUGAAGAAGUCAUUUUCCAGGCGGAGUGUGAGCUGGCUCUGUCCAGGAAGAUGUCUGAGUGGAAACCAUGGGAGCCGCUGAUAGAGGAGCCCCCUCCCAACCAGUGGAAGUGGCCCAUCUGAAUACACCUGUGUAUAUUGUCAUACUGUUUUGUGUGUGUGUGUGUGUGUGUGAGAUCUAAACUUCUAAUGAAGUGAUGUACAAAUAAAAGUCCUGCAAAUAUUUCCCCA